AUGAGUCGGGCGGCAGUAGCAGGAGCGAAGGGGAAGAAGAAGGGAGCGUCCUUCGUCAUUGACUGCGCUAAGCCAGUGGAGGAUAAGAUCAUGGAUAUCGCCUCUCUCGAGAAGUUCCUCCAGGAGAGGAUCAAGGUUGGUGGAAAGGCUGGUGCUCUUGGUGACGCUGUCACCGUUACUCGUGAGAAGAACAAGAUAACCGUUACCUCGGACAGCAACUUCUCUAAGCGGUAUCUUAAAUACUUGACCAAAAAGUACUUGAAGAAACACAAUGUGAGGGACUGGCUUCGAGUUAUUGCUUCCAACAAAGACAGGAAUGUUUAUGAAUUGCGCUACUUUAACAUUGCUGAGAACGAGGGAGAGGAGGAAGACUAA